AUGGUUUCAAUGCGCAAUCUCGCACUUGCUGCUUCAAGCAUUCUUUCUUUGGUCUCGGCCGCUCCAACUAUCGAGUCGAGACAGGAUGCUUGGACUCCGGGUACUUUGAACAAUACUCGGGAAUUCUAUCUUCAUAUGACUGUUACGGAUGGAGAUUACACACACAAUGGAUGGGUUUUAGAAGCCUACCACACCGGCGCCGGCAUGGCCGACCCCGUCUUCGUCGACCCCACCAACUCCACCGGCUCCCGCAUGUACUUCAACUCCUCGCAACUCCAAUUCGACGUAAACGCCUACCCAUUUAGCAUCAACGCCUUUCCCUCCGAUACCAACUACGCGCGUUGGGAACCGGUGACCAUUACCGCUGGCUACGGAAGCGGCAAGUUUGUCAAUGAAGGGAGUGCCGGGUUUCAGGUUGAUGAGGAGGAGGCGGAUGGAUGGGUGGUUUGUGAGUGGAGUCAUGGGUUGAAUGCGCCGCAGCUUUUUCAGAUGAUUAAGUAUUUUGAUGCGCCGGAUCCGUAUGUGGUUCCUAGUAGUUGUGCGAGGGUUUUGUUGUUUCCGGUUUGGAUUUAG